UAUGGUGUGUGAGAGCACUAUGUGUUCCAGAGGCUGAGAGAGGAGGAGUUUUAUAUUUUGGGUUGUUUUUUUUUCAGAUGGUGAGGCCAAUCCAUGACUACUGGGGAGAGUUUGGAGCCUACGGAGCCUGCAGCCGCACCUGUGGCACAGGAGUGGCCAUGAGGAGCAGGAAAUGUAUCACAGCGAGGACAGAUGGAGGGCAUAACUGUUUAGGAUCCUCUAAGUCUUACCGGACCUGUAACACACAGGCAUGUCCAGCUGGAUCCAAGGACUUCAGGGAGGAGCAGUGCUCCCAGUUUGACAGAGCAGACUUUCAGUCCAAACGCCAGUCAUGGGUUCCUUAUUAUGGAGCCUCCAAUCCCUGUGAGCUGAACUGCGUCCCGAGAGGAGAGAACUUCGUGUACCGACACAGACCAGCCGUGGUGGACGGGACAACAUGCUAUGUGGGCCGAACUGACAUCUGUGUGGACGGCGUCUGCAGGGUGGGAGCACCACGGGACCCACAAUAUAAUGUAAUUUCCCAGCUUGGGAUAAAUAAAGUCUAUCUAUCUAUCUAUCUAUCUAUCUAUCUAUCUAUCUAUCUAUCUAUCUAUCUAUCUAUCUAUCUAUCUAUCUAUCUAUCUAUCUAUCUAUCUAUCUAUCUAUCUAUCUAUCUAUCUAUCUAUCUAUCUAUCUAUCUAUCUAUCUAUCUAUCUAUCUAUCUAUCUAUCUAUUCUCUCUUCCAGUUACUGGUCCAAGGAGAAUUCAUGGGCCUGGAUGAGGAAGACCCUAAUUCUGUACGCUCCCCUUCUUCCGCCAUUGUGGUUCCUCCACGCCCCACGACACCCACAUACAUGUACCAAACCGGAGUGUAUGGCCAGUGUUCUGCUCCUUGUAAUGAAGGCAUGCAGUAUCGCAGCGUGGAGUGCUGGCUCCAGGACCCGGUGAACCCCCGUGUGGUGGAGGAGUCUCACUGCAUCAACGAGCGCCUGCACAGGCCUCAGAGCCAGCAGGCCUGCAACAUGCACCCCUGUCCCGCAGAGUACAGCGUCUCCAGCUUCAGCGUGUGCUCUGUGACCUGCGGAGAGGGCCAGCAGACCAGGGAGGUGACCUGCAUCGGGCCAGGAGGUCAACGUCUGGGGGACCAUGAAUGUGCUGGACUGACGAGACCGGCUGCUGUCCAGACCUGCCGCAGACCUGCCUGUCACCCACACCUCAUCAGCUGGCACGUGACCGACUACGGACUGUGCACCAGGAGCUGCGGCGGCGGCGUGAGGGAGAGGAGGGUGGGCUGCUUUGAUGCAGAUUUGAACCCGUACCCAGAGGCUCGCUGUGGAUCGGCUGGAAGACCCCUCUCUGUGGAGACAUGCAACCCACAGCCAUGCCCCAGAGCACAACUGGUCCCAAGUGUACAGGACCCGAGGGGACAUGAGAGCUCCAUGAGAGGGUUUAUGCCCUAUGUUGCAGAAACACCUUCAGUUGCUGUAGGUUCCAGGCCAGAUACAAGUGUUGCAUACAACCCCUACGUUUCUUCUUCUGCUGCUGCUGCUGCUGCUUCUCUCUGUGCCCAGUCGUCCUACGGCUGCUGUCCUGACGGCCAAACAGUGGCCACCGGCCCCCAGCACCAAGGCUGCUCCAGAGACGACUGUGUCCGCAGCAGGUUUGGCUGCUGUUUGGAUGGGGUGACUCCAGCUCAAGGAUUUGGGAGGGCUGGAUGUCCUGCAUACGAGACAACUGUGCAACUUAAUGCUGCCCCUGUCUCUCCAUCCACUGGUAAUGUGUGCUCCAUGCCUCGUGAUGAGGGCCCCUGUGAUACUUGGAUGGUCCGCUACUUCUAUAACUCAGCCACCAGCAAAUGCACCGAGUUCUGGUAUGGAAGCUGCCAGGGCAACGCUAAUAACUUUAUGACCAUGGAGGCCUGCCGGAGACAGUGCGGGGGUUUGGAGUCCCCAGCAGCAUCUGGCAGAGGGAGCCCAAGGAGAGGAUCAUCUGGGGGACCUUUAAGGGCCAGAGCAUAA